AUGAUCGGAUGGAUUAAAAAACGUUGUAACAGGAGAAGAUCAGAUUCUUUUGGAGGGAAACUUAAGGAAUGUGGUAAAGGAAUCAAGGAGGUUGAAUCCGAUCGCCCUCUUUACUUUGCAUUAGAAAACAAAGUUGGUACAUGUGUUGAAGAAAACAAUCACUAUGAAGAGGUUGAAAUCACAUGUCCGUUAUGUAGACGAACUGGUCCAAGUGGCCCGUACUCGUGCCUUGAAGGUUCAACGGCAAGAGGUUGUAGUGAAGCAUUAUGUGUUCUACCAAUACCAUCUUGUGUAAAUCUUACUAUAAAAUUGGAAAGACGGUACUCAGGCGCAAGUGGAUAUUGCCAAAGACCUUUACCCGAAAUUCCAGGAAAUGGAAAUGAAGAGGCAUCUUCAUCGGAGGAUGAAUGUUAUGGAUAUGAAAGUAUGGGAUCGGAUAGUGGCAUCAGUUCAGAUGGUGGAAGUGAUUGCCAGGUCUACAAUCAAUACGAAAGUGUUCUUGGUGGACAUGAUUCUCGUUAUAUCCAACAGGCUAUAUCGGAUGACAGUGACUACGAAGAGAUUGACAACCUACCCAAGUUCUACCAAAAUCCAACUGUCUAG